UCGCCUAACCAUUCCGUAGAUAACCUGUUGGUGUGCACUUGUUUUGCUCGCACCACCUCUCAGCCAACAGCGUUCGGUGCAUAAUCUCAGAUAGGGACACAGCCUAUCUGUGGACGAACACUUUAACUUUCCGUCUGCAGUUAGGGAUAAGCGGAUCACUUUUUUAGUUCGUUCGGAAGCUGCCUGGGAUUCUCCAAGGAAAGCUCCGUACUUGAAAGAGAAAUGUCACUCACGUCCCUUUUAGAUUCUGACCCCAGAUUAUAACUUCUCAUUGCCAGGAAUUUUUUCUGUACAGUUCCUCUUUUUUGUAUUUCUUUUCUGUUUCUAACUGAAGACAAAAGGGAGAGUGUUAUUGAUGGUUACAGAUGGUUAAUUUUACAGAAUAUAGAACAGAACUGGGCUGAAAAGUGAACGUAGAAAGUGUAUUAAGAUUUGAUGGCCAGAUUUUUUUUCAAGAAAAAUACAUCAUAACUUCAGACACUGUCCUCACCCUCUUGACUCAAUUUCCUCGUCUGUCCACAGGUUUCACGUUGCAGAAUUGUUAGGGAUUCCAAGAGAUGACACAGUUGAAAGUGCCCAGCAUGGGGCUUGCCAAAUAGUGGUUUGAUAAAUGUUUCUUCUUCACUUAUUUUUCUUCUUGGGGAAGGGGAAGUGAGGUUUAGGGGAUGUGGCCAAGGACAGCUGGAGAAUCUCAAGUAACUGGGAAAAUAUUCAAAACUAGGUUUUCACAGACACUAAUGCCAGCAUUCCUGCAAAGUCACUUUUGAAAAUGAGGUUUUAAAAUGGAACACUUUGAUGCAUCACUUAGUACCUAUUUCCAGGCAUUGCUCGGCCCCCGAGAUCCCAGAGUAAAAGGAUGGUUUCUUCUGGACAGUUAUAUCCCUACUUUGCUCUGCUCCAUCCUAUACUUGCUAAUUGUGUGGCUGGGACCAAAAUACAUGAAGAAUAGGCCGCCGUUCUCUUGUCGGGGGAUUUUAGUGCUGUAUAACCUUGGACUCACGCUGCUGUCUCUCUAUAUGUUCUGUGAGUUAGUGACGGGAGUAUGGGAAGGCCAGUACAACUUCUUCUGUCAGGGCACACGCAGUGGAGGAGAAGCAGACAUGAAGAUCAUCCGCGUGCUCUGGUGGUACUACUUCUCCAAGCUCAUUGAGUUCAUGGACACCUUCUUCUUCAUCCUGCGCAAGAACUACCACCAGGUCACGGUCCUGCAUGUGUACCACCACGCCUCCAUGCUCAACAUCUGGUGGUUCGUGAUGAACUGGGUCCCCUGUGGCCACUCUUAUUUUGGUGCCACACUUAACAGCUUCAUCCACGUCCUCAUGUACUCGUACUACGGUCUGUCGUCCGUCCCUUCCAUGAGGCCGUACCUCUGGUGGAAGAAGUACAUCACGCAGGGGCAGCUGGUACAGUUUGUGCUGACCAUCCUCCAGACCAGCUGCGGGGUCGUCUGGCCGUGCGCCUUCCCUCUUGGUUGGCUGUAUUUCCAGAUUGGAUACAUGAUUUCUCUGAUUGCCCUCUUCACAAACUUCUAUAUUCAGACCUACAACAAGAAGGGGGCCUCCCGGAGGAGAGAACACCAGAACGGCUCCGUGACGGCCGUGAACGGCCACACCAGCAGCUUUUCUUCUCUGGAAAACAGUGUGAAGCCGAGGAAGCAGCGUAAGGACUGAGGCCCAAGGGUUGACAGCCUCUGAACCCCGUCGUCUGAUUGUAAGCACAAAUGAAUUGUGCCCAAUGCUCGUUAACAGCUGCUGUAACUAGUCGGCCUACCAUAGUGUGACUCACGUAGGACCUCUUCCAUCAGUUCCAAACCCCUAGGAAAUGUAGACAGAUUACCCAAGUAGGCAUAAGAUUUUUAACAUUUCUGGGCUCUCACCGACCCCUGCGCUAGACUGUGGAGGGCGUGUUGUUGUAGUACACGACACUGCUGUUGCCUUAUUAGUUAUAACAUGAUAGGUGCUGAAUUGUGAUUCACAAUUUAAUAACACUGUAAUCCACACUUUUUUUUUUUAACUGUAGACCAUGCAUGUGAUUGUAAAUUUGUAUAAUAAUGGUGUUACAGUAGAGAAACACACAUGCCUUAAAAGUUAAAAAACAGGGCCCAAAGCGUAUUCGUUUAAAUUAGGGUAUGUUUCAAGUUUUUAUUCAUUUCUAAUAGCUCUGUUCAGAAAAGUCAAAGACCAUGACUUAUGAAACUAUCGUGUGACACGUAGUUUCAAGUGACUUGUACAUGUGAAAUCGGCACCUUCAGUUUUGUAAUAUCGGCUUUAAAUCAGGCAGGUUCAAAUCUAGUGGAACAGUCAGUUUAACUUUUUAACAGAUCUUAUUUUUUUAUUUUGAGUGCCACUAUUAAUAAUGUAAAAAGGGGGGGGUUCUAAAGCAGUCUUGAUGAAACUUAAAAUAUAUAUUCUUUGUCUUCAGGAUUUUAGGAAGUGUGUAGGAUGAGUAGGCCGUUUUAAAUUUCAGAAUUGCUUAAGUGUUUUUAUACAGGAAACAAAGCCCAUUUUGCUUUCCACUUGUGAGAGAAGAUUUAUACUUUUCAAGAGAGAUGAUUAAAUGUUUACCAUUUGACAGAGUCCCAUAGAUGAGCAGUGGGGAACUGGUUACCAGGGUCCAAAUUUGGGUUGAUUUCUGUACUAUUUGUUUUGACACAAACUUCCUUUGAAAAUGUGCCUAGCUUACCAAAAUGAAUUAAAGGUGGGGAAAGGACCUUAGAAAAAUUUAAGGUAAAAUUAAACAGAUAGCUGCCGCAUGAGAGAACUGGGGGAUUGGAUAGAGAUGGUUUGUUUAAUGUAAAUCUAAUAGCACCUGUAAUUUUUUUAUCCUGCUUCAAAUCUAAAGAUUUGUUUAGAAAUACUUGUUUAAAAAUAAGACUGCUUAUCAUAAAAUCAUGUCUCAUACCCUAGAGGCAGUGGUCAAACAGAUAAGGACUGUUGUGUGUGUCAUCUUAAAGUGUUGGAAUUUAGCCUCGGAAUAACCUUCUCCGUCUGGAGGAAAAAAACAUUCACUGAACCACUCGUGACACAUCUGAGAAGGUCAUUGACAAUGUAUGAACGAAUUGUUGGUUUGAUAUUUAUGUAAAUAUCAGUUUAUCAUGCUUUAAUUUUGCACAUUCAUAUUAUAGGGAGCCAGUUGGUUCUCUUAAUUAGUCUUGUGGGAUUUCUGUUUGGAAGGAGUCACAGCAUCUGUUUACAUUUACCUUAUCAGAUCUAGAAUGUGUAUAUUUGUAAAUGUAUGUCUUUCUAGGUACUAGUUUGCAAAUGUCUACAUAUUUCAAUACAAAAAGUAUAACAUUCAGUAGUGUGCUGUCAAAGUGUGCUUUAGCUCAUCUGGAUAUACCCACAAUGUUAAAUAAUGUCUAAACAUUAAUCAUUAAAAUGUUUUUGAUUACCUGUG